GGCUGCGUGCGAGGCCGCGGGUUCGGAGCAGUCGCCCCCUGCGGGGCGGGGAGGGGGCGGGAAGCCGCCGCGUGGAGUCCGCCGCCGCCAGCGGCUACGCCCGCCUCAGAGGAUGCCCCGGGGUCCGAUCAGAACUUUUUAGGCCGCCCGCCGCCACCUCCGCAGUCCCCAGGCCGAGUCCCCCGCUGUCGCUGUCCCCAUCCCCAGCUCGGCGCCGCCGCUUGGUCCCCGACAGGCGCGCGGAGGAAGGCGAGGCCGCGGCGGGUCAUGCCCAAGGUGUAGGCGAGGCGGAGGCAUGGCUGCCGGAAGGUUGCUGCUCUACACGGGCCUCUCGCUAGCGCUCUGCGCCCUCGGCAUGCUGGCCGUGGCCAUCUGCUCCGACCACUGGUACGAAACGGACGCCAGGAAGCACAGGGACAGGUGCAAGGCCUUCAACACCCGCCGGGUGGACCCCGGCUUCAUUUACAACAACAACAACAACUUGCCGCUCCGGGCCAGCCGCUCGCGCCUGGACCGCUGGGAGGGCAAACUCCUCCGGGCCCGGAAUCGCCGGCAGCUCUUCGCCCUCAGCCCGGCCGAUGAGUGCAGCCGGCAGUACAACUCCACCAACAUGGGCCUCUGGAGGAAAUGCCACCGGCAUGGCUUCGACCCCGAGAUCGCCGCCCUCAUUCGGAAAGGAGAAAUUGAGCGAUGCACGUACAUCAAGUACCACUACUCCUCAGCAACCAUCCCCAGGAACCUCACGUUCAACAUCACAAAGACCAUCCGUCAGGACGAGUGGCAUGCCCUACACCUGCGCAGAAUGACGGCUGGCUUCAUGGGCAUGGCGGUGGCCAUCAUCCUCUUCGGCUGGAUCAUCGGCGUGCUGGGUUGCUGCUGGGACCGAGGCCUUAUGCAGUAUGUGGCGGGGCUUCUCUUCCUCAUGGGAGGAACCUUCUGCAUCAUUUCACUGUGCACCUGUGUGGCUGGGAUCAACUUUGAGCUGUCGCGCUACCCACGCUACCUGUAUGGACUCCCUGACGACAUCAGCCAUGGCUAUGGAUGGUCCAUGUUCUGUGCGUGGGGGGGCCUGGGCCUCACGCUCAUCUCGGGAUUCUUCUGUACCUUGGCCCCCUCUGUCCAACCUGUCCCGAGGACCAACCACCCUAAAUCCAGACCCGAGAAUGGGACAGUGUGCUAAAAUACAAACCCAUACAUAUAUAUAUAUAUAUAUAUAAAUAUAUAUAUAAUAUACAUAUAUAAAACAAAACUAAAUCAAGACGAUGCCAGUGCCAAGGUAGAGUUGAGUUGGCUCAGGCACCUGCAUCUCACCGGACUUCGUGUUGUUUCAUCACCAAGAUGGGGACAGCGUUCCCAUCCUGUGGCUCUUCCAUCAAUUCUUGACUUUUGGCUUCAUGGUUUCUUGAAGACAGAGCGAACAUCACCACUUGGGAUAGCACCUUGAUCCCCGUCACUCAUGAGCAUGUGGUGGCGAGCUGGAAGGGACAGUGGCAGUGGUCUGAAGCAACCCAGGUAUAGAGAAGGAAAUGCCAUGCCCCGGGCCAGCAAGAGAGGACACCAACCCCCAUUCAUCUCACAGGGAAGCGCGGCCCCUAGUCCAUAGAAUGUAACCACGUCUCUGGGGCCAUUUCAGAACCACUUCAUUUUCUGCUCUUCCUGUUCUGAGCUCCUUCCUGGCCCACCAGCAACACACACAGAAUGGAUGAGAAAACAAGUGGAAAAGCACGUUUUCUCUUUGUGGCCAAACUUGUGGACAAAGCUUUAGAGGUGGGAAGGGGAGAGGACGCGCUGAGAGGCACGACCCACAUCAAUGAAAGGACGCUUCGGUGGAUGCUCAGAAAACCCAGUCUGACCUUCCAGCUGCCUUACACCCAGUUAACAAGAGGCCACUCUGUCCUCCCCACUGCACUCCCUCGGCAGAUCGGAGCCUUGGAGUAACGCUGUGAUGUGUGUGUGCGUGUGUGUGCUCGUGCGUGUAUUUUGGGUGGUUUUCUUUUUUCCUUUCCACCUUUUCAAUGGAAAUAUUGCAUUAUGACUGUUGUCUAUCACUGUAGCGGUUUAGUGGCCCAAGUGGAGGCAGGGAGACCUAAGAAGUAUCAGGAGGGGCCAGGCCUCUAGGGAUGCCAACACUGCAGCUGCAAAUCCCUACAAGAGAGGGAGAGGGAGAGAGGGAGGAAUGAAUGAGUGAAUGAAUGAAUGAGGUGGAUGUUUUCUGAGCGUGAGGUUUUAUUGCUUGUGUUGCACUUUUUUUUAAAAUUAUUUUUGGUACAGCUCAAAUUCCCAGAGGGCAGAACCAAGAACAAAACCCCUGGGCCGGAUGACCCUGUGGUUCUUCACAUUGCAGUCUGGGACUCUGCAGGAUUUAGUCCUCUUAAUUGUGGAAGUUCAAGACACAGCUGGGCACAAAGACCAUGAGAGAAGAGGGGGGAACACCCAGUUCAGGAGGGAGAAGGAAUGUUGCCUCUGGUUGCUGUUGUACAAGUGUGUAUACCACGCAAGACCUUCACUCCCCACCAUGGGGGCUGUCCUUUGUCACAGACAUCCACCCCUUUCCUAGGGGUGACCUCUGUACAGAUGAAAGGAAACAGGUCACAUGCCCAAAGCACCUCCAUUUCCCAUGGGCUGAAGUUUGUGUGCUAUUGUAUACAUUUAUGGAGAACUCUUGAUUCUUUCCUCCUCCUCCUUUUCCUCUUGAUAGUCAAGGCUGUGAAUCCCAAAAUAGCUCAGUGGCUAGCACCCAACCAGAGGCAGAAUAAACCCACCCCAGUCUCGGGCCCUUUUGAGCAAAUUGGCGUCACAAGUGCCAGCGGGUGAAGCCGGCCAGAGAGUUGUGAAUGCCGUAGGGCUGGCGCAGCUCACAAUCACCCCACAGGCCCAGCUGCUGCAGAGCAGCCCUGGGCGGCAGGAGGGAAUCCACAGCCUGGUGUAGCCAUGCUCAGCCACGGAGCAGAGCAUCCAGUUGUUUCAUAACAAAUAUGCCUUGGGGACUGUGCCAACUACUCAGCAGCCUUCCUUCCCCCAUGUGCUCUGUCUCAUCUACGUGUCUUCCAGCCUAUCUUCCUACCAGUCUCUUCCAGUCACCUCCUUUCCUCACCUACUAACCACUGGCCUCUUCUUCUGUCCACCAGGCGGUAAGUCCUGCCUGCCUCCUCUGCUCUUUUGGACAGUCUAUGUGUGUGAUACAUACCAGACAGGACAUCUGAUGUGAAUGAAUGGGUUUGGUGUGGUUCUCUGUGUGAGAGUGUGUCUCUCUCUGUGCAUUUUUAUGUUUGUGUCAGUACAUACUUGCACGCAGGUGUGGGUGCUCUGCUCAAGACUUCCUCGCCAGGGACCCUGGUCAGCUUCUGCAAGAGGUCUCAUGUGUGAGUGCCUGGGUGUGGGUGUGCAGGGCAAUAGGGGUGAGCUGGGUAGCAAAAAAGUCUGUUGGCUUAUAGUUGAGGUUUCUAGGGGUUACUUUUUAAGACAAAGGAUCUAUUCUAUGAGAAGGGAAAUGAUUUGCAAGAAAAUCAUUUUUCAUUUGGGAAUUUUAUUUUCUUUUUUUGUUUAAAGUUAGAUUUCUCCCUUAAGGGAAAGGACAUAAUUGGGCUUGAGGAAAAGUGAAGAAAAGUAUCUCAGAUUGAGAGGCCUUGUGUCUUCCUUCCAAGUAUCUUGAAACAAGCAGGGACAGGCAGGUGUCUGCAAGCAUCCAUUUGGAUGAGGGGGAUUUUCUAUAACUAGAUGCAAAUUCCAGUUGUUUUCUAGUUGCAGAAAGGCAGGGGAAAUCAUGCUAAAGGGGAUGAUUUGCUAUCAACUAUAACAUAAGUAACCACAUUUCAAGGUACUGCCUGUUAGACCCAAAGUUAUACCUUUUUAAAAUUCCAUGCUUGCCAUAAAUAAAUCAUGUGCUCUAUCCAAUUACGUACCUUUGUGACAGGCCUUUGACGAAGUUUACUGCACCUCUUUGAAACUUGAGCAUCCCUGAAAUGUUAGGAGGAUGCCCAAGAAAAGUGUAAAGCAUCUCUCUCAACUCACAUCAGCAGAGCAGGGCCACAGAGUGGCUGUUUUGAUAGUGGGUUCAGAUCAGUACAGAUGAGCACUCUGGGGUCUACUCUCGCUUGGGAGCAAAAACCAUUCCCAACCACGUCGUGGUCAGGGUGGAAGCCACUGUGGAGCUGGCAGGUUCUGGCCAAUGGGAAAUUUCCAAGAUGAUCUUGACCCUUCAUACAUAGGAGUUUGACCACAAGUAAAAACGUGCCCCUCUAAGCAGUGACGAAAACUUUCUGGCUGUGAGGUGGCUGAGAAAGGAGCAAUGGACAAGGAAGAAAAGAGCCUUGACCUAGGAGGCUCUCUAGGUCAGACACUACUAACUGCAACUCCCAGGACCUUCUAAGGGGAGUCAGGAUCAAUAGCCUCAGUAAGGCUCCUGGUUGCGAUCUAGAUCAAGUUCAAAUUCCUCAUAGUUGUAUGCAUACAAGGGAUAUGAUCAUGCAUGUACUGCAAGCUCCAAGUAAGUCAACCUCCUUUCCUCCCUAGUGAAUUAGGGAUUUGAGAAUGUGGGAUGUCUCCUGGAGAGAAAUCCUAUUUCUUUUCUCUUCCUUUGGAAGGAAUAUUUUCCUAUUUCUGUUUCCUCUUUCACCAUUCAUUUAUAUUUUCUGUCCUCAUCAGCUUUUGUCAUUUAAAGUAGUUACUUCUUCUCUAAAGAGGCUAGAGAUAGACCCCAAGCUGUCCCCUAGUUUGUUGUGGCUGUAGGUUCUGUGAGGAGAUCUGUAGUGCACUGGCAUUAAAUAUAAAAUGUAAAAAAAAAAAGCAAAAAAUAUAAACUGUGCCUCUUCCAGCUUCAAUCCAGUCCUUCCACAAGCCUUAGCCUUUCAACAACUCUACCAUUUCACCUCCAGAGAUCAUGAAGGCACAAAGACUGGACAGCACCAAGUGGGAACCGAUCAGCUUUUCUUAACCUCAUGCCCCUGCACAGCACCUGGGGCCCUGGCGCCAUAUUGGUGUAAUCUCUCACUGGGGGUGAGUGGAUCCACCCAGUGGUGCUGCCUUUCUUUCCAUAAGAAGAGAGGGUAUCUUGAUGCUCUGUCUCAAUUCUUGCCCACAUUCAUGAUAAGAGGCCUAACGGAAAAGUACCACCCAUGUGUGGCUGCCCUGAUUUCACAGGAGGAUGUGCCAAUUGGAUCUCCAAAGCCACCUACCUGAGUCAAAUUCAAAAUAAUGAAAAAAAUACAGUACUCAGAGGCAUUUAGAAUGGACUGUCUUUACCUGGCUUAUGCUGAGCGCAUUAACUAACUAAUUUUCAAGUACCUGUUGGAAGUGGCUGGUCAUCCUUUGGUGUGGCUGUUGUGGGAUAGUUGGACGCUUCACAUAGUUUGAGUGAAGUUGCUUCUCUACGAUCCUCCCUCUGCUCUAGAGACUAAGCAUCCCCAUGAACACAUCCAACCCUUUCCGGGGAAAUAUGAUGAGUCAGGGUGAGAGCUUAUUUUCCCACAGACAGGAAUAACUGGUGCAUACCAGCUGAAUUGUCUUUGGUGCUGCCUUCCAGCUGGUAUGUGACAGAGGGAGGGGACAGAUUUUUAAGCAGGCCCACAAAAGUUGAGGCAUACAAAUGAUUUUGAGGUCUCGAAGCAGUUGACUUCUGGGGCUGUAUUUCUUAUCUUCUCAUUGAUGUUGCCAUGGUGCAAACUGUUUUUGAAACAUUAUUCCUAGUUCUUAGAAUAUGUUGUUAUUGAUUAUUGGGUUUUUCUCCAGUGUAAUACAUGCGCAUUGUAGAUUAGAAAAAUAAAAUACAACACAGAGUGGUCAUAAUUCUAUCACUCUGAGGCAUCGUCAGUGUGCUCAAUUACAGUGGCCAUGACCCCAAAUCCUCCCUAGUUAGUGGUCAUCUUCGGUUUGACAGUUGAGGCUAGGAGGACUUUACAUGGCCACAGAAUCACACUGGCCCGUACGGAAUCCUUGGCAGCAGGAGCAUAGGCCUCUGAGUCCCCAAAGAUAGCAAAAAGGCCUUUGAAAGCUCAAUGCCAGACUUAGAGGGCGGGUGGAACAGGGCUAAAAGAUUCCUAUUUGGGGGAGUUUUCUUUCUUUCUUCUACUUGCUCUUUUCUCCAGGAACCACCUCAGUCUAAUCAUGGGUAUAAGAGUACUGAAGCCAGAGUCACUCACUAACUAAGCUACACUUGUAUAACGUAGUUACUGUAAAUUUCAUUUCUGCUCUGCACUAAAAUGAUGUGUGACUCUGGGCACUGUGUCUCCUCCAUACUUGAACUUCCUCAUCUACAAAAUGAGGAUAGUGAUAACACUUUACCUCAUGGUAUAUUAAGGGUGACAGAGAACUUGCAAAGUGAUUUGCAAACAUGAAGUGUCACAUGAAUUAUGCACUGAUCAAAUUACCCCACAGCAGCGGAGCCACCCACUGAGAUAGAAUUCUUCCCUCUGCAGAGAGAGGUCAUCCUGGUUGCUGGUUGUACGUAGCUCGCCGAAGCACAUGAGAUUUUUUUCUCCUUCAUUUGGGCCCUCCAGGGAAACUGGCCCCCUAGCUUACUUUAUCCAUUUCCAGACUUUCUUUGUUCAAAGCCAGUUUUGCAAGGGGCGUCUCAUCCCUCUGGGCUAUUUCCAGAAGUGAGGGAAGGAGUAAACCACGGGAGACAAAGAGCACAGGUGAGCUGAAACAGUUGACUUUUAACCACAGCAUGUGGUUAGGACCUGUUUGUUUUUAACAGUUCUCCUGACAUGAUUUCCAGCUGUACAUGCCCAAGCUGUGGGAGUGAAUCAGAUUCUAAAAGGCUUUCAUCAAAGUUUCAUUUGAUGAUCUCAUCAUCAAAUGAAGUUAAUGACUUUAUCAGAAGCCUGUGGGUUUUUAUAAAAGUCCCCUGGAUGGUUCAUUCACUAAGACAUGUUCCGAGUAUGGGUCUUGUUAGGAAAAAAACAGAAUCCUAGAUUCGAGAUGAGGAAAGGUUCCCUGCACUUUCUGCUUUGCAGUGAAUCAAGCGUCAGUGUUGUGUUGAGACUUUCCGCGAGGGGAUUCCGAGCCAUUGCUCGCUUUGUAAUGACAGCCCAGCCAGUGAUGGGGGAAGCGGCCAUCUGCACAGGUGCAUGUUCAGUUUCAAGAACCAGAACAAUGGCCCUCAACCCGGGAGUUGCCCAGUGGCAGCUCAAGCUGGCACCUCUUUGACAGAUGCCAGCCUCCUACUCUUCUUGCCCAAGGAAUGGCAUUGCUCCCUAGGGAACCCUGUGCCCCCUCUCUCUCCUAUACCCCAAGCUUUUCCUUUCCUCUCGGGUGGCCCAGAGACCCCCUCUCAUCUGUGUGUGCCGGUGUGUCUGUGUCGUGAGUGUGAUGCGGCCUUUCACGCAGAGAGCUUUCGCGGACACCCUUUCGCCUUUUGCCUUUCCCCCUUCCACCCACAUGUGACUGUUUUGCUAUUCAAGACUAUCUGUAAAAAUGUACAAAUAAAAAUGGAACCUGAAAAUGAAGGGGAGGGGUAUCGCAACUACUCAGACGCAAUGAUGUAGCCCUCAGUUUUCUGAGGAUGUAAGUGGACUGCCCUGCAAUCCUGUGUCUGGUGGCACUUGGAGGGACAGACACCAUGGCACAGGAGACUUCUGAUUGCUUCUCUGAGUCACUAGUGUCUGCUUAGAACUCUGUUCUAAGGGGGUUUGCCGUUAAGGAAAAUUAUAUCUCCCAAAUGCAAAAGCAUAUCAUCCAGUUCAGUAGGAUGAAGGUCAGGCAGAGGUUGACACCAAGACCCAACCCUGGGGCGGCACUAGAAACUUUGUCACAGCUUACUUGGGGCCUCGGGUGAAUUCUGUUACCUCGUGGUGUCUCCAUAUCCUCUCAGCCUAACAGGGUGGGGGUCUUUGGGGACUCCUGGACACCAUGUCUCCUGGUCCAUUCUGCUGCUAUUUUCAGAGACUUUGUGCCCAUGCUGGUUGGUGUAUGCUGACUGCCUUGUGGUAAAUCCAGAGAGAUUUUACCCCUGCCACUCUUCCCCUACAUUUUUCACUCCUCAGAAAGUAAGCUUAAGAGAACAGCCAGUUUGUGGUCGGAGUCCAUAACCUUUUAUCAACCUUUUCAUUCUCAGAUGCCUUUUCCAACCCACUUUGAUGAUCUCACUUUAUUGACGUUACUGACAGAGCUUUCUAUGCUGGGCUGGGGUAGGAGAAAGCAUCAGAGAUGAUAGAUAUACAUUGCUUGUAAUAUGUGACUAGAUCUACAAGUAGGGCUCUCCCAGUGCAGGAGCAGGGAGUCUGGUGAAGGGAUACCACCAAGUGGGAAUGAAAGAGUGCUGGUGGUGGAGGAUUGAAGGCCACGGACUUCUGCAGGCUGGAGGUGAUGGUCAGAUACAGGGAACUUUCCAAUAGAGAAGUAGCUGAGUCACCAGAAUGCCUUCAAUAUAGCAACAGAGAAGGGCCUCCAAUGCUAAGAGUUAGCAGGGAUAAGUAGGGAAUGGGAAAUCCUCCAGUACAAAGGGAUGCCUGCCCGCAAGAGCAGCCCAAAAAGGGGAUGUACACUGAGCUCAGCGCCCCUUCCAAUCCAUGGUUAUAGGCACCUUCAGUCUAACCUUCAUCUUCUGUGAUGGUCCAUGGUGAUCAUCUCUGGGACCAGCUUCCAGAAAGUGAUUUCUACCACCACUGUCCAAUAGAAACAUACUACAAGUCAUGAAUCUUAAUAGCCACAUUUUCAAAAGUCCAAUGAGACAGAUGAAAUUAAUUUUCAUACUUUAUCUUAACUGAACAUAUCAAAAACAUCACUUCAACAUAGACUCAACGUAAAAAAGUUACUGCGAUAUUUUAUGAUUUUCUAAAUUUUUUUCUGAUGAGCUCUUCUAACUCCAAUAUGAAUUUUACACUGAGAAUACAUCUCAAUUUAGAUCACUCGCAUCUCCCACACAUGGCUUCGGUUACUGUCUGGACAGUGCAGAUUGAUUGUCUUUAUUAGGGAACAAGGUAGGAUGGCCCUUACUGGUGAGUCACUCAUGUCAUAGGUCUCAUUGUAGCUAACAGAGGUGGGAGGUGGAUCAGUUGAGAGUAAAAAGCCUAUACAGCUGUGUCCAAGCUGCUGUCUUGCUUUAUCUGCUUAGUAAGAGGAGAAGGUCACUGCUGUGAACUGCAUGUCACAUGUGCCCCAGAGGGUGCCGGCAUGAUCCCUGGGUAUGGCCCUGAUGACAGUCCAAGUCCUAGAGGGUGAAACAGGUCAUGUUCUUUGGUUGUAGGAGCAUCAGCCACUGCCCUCUCUUAUUCAGAUGUCCUUUAUUUCAGCCUUUCCCUGGGAAGAGUAAAGCACUCCACAACCUUAUGAAUCCGAUGAGGUCACCUGCUAAGAACAUCUUGGCAAUAUUUGGAGCCGUUUUCUCCUUCCCUCAAUUUGCAUACAUUUUUAUCUGAAAAUCAAAUGCUAAAAAGUAGAAACACUGGAAAGAGGGGCAGCCACAGGCUGAUGAGAAAUAAGGUUUCUGAGGAGGUAGAGGUGACAAGUUCUGUCCUCGCACUGUGACUUAGGCUACCACUGCCCACCUUUCCUUUCUGCUUAGAGACCUUUUGUAGAUUUGGAGAAACUUUUGUUUGGGAGAAAAAGACAAGUAGUGAGACCUUAGCAAGGAGAGUAGAAUAAAAUACAAGCUACCAACACCUGGGCAUUCUCACAGCUUUUCAAAGAGUGUGACAAAGUUUGAUUCGUUUAAAAUAUAAUAUUCUGAGUCCUGUGUAACCAAGUGAAAGAAAAUAAGCCAAUUUGGUGAGUAUGUUUUAUAUAUGGUCAUUAGACAGGGACCAUCACCGACAAAGCUCUCAAAACACCUGGAGUGUUUAUGGUCCACUAGAUUAUGGCUCAGUCAAUAUCAAUUAUUUACCUUCCCUUUAAUUUGCAUAGUGCUUUCUGAUUGGUUAGACAAGGAGUGGUAUAUACUGCAGGAUUCUAAAAAUGACUCUCCCCUUGAAGGUAGCAAUUCCUGUGGUUAUUGGUGCUAAAAUAAGAUUAAAUAUUAUGUUAAUUUGUUCUGAUACGAUGUGAAUAAAUGUAUUGUUUAAUCUUAACAGAAUGCUACAUCUUAUCAGAUCUAUUGUACUGUCUGUUCCUUCUCAUAAUUAAUUAAUUACAGGAAAGGUGAUCCAAACCAGAUCUUGAAACUCUUAUGAUAUUCUGAGAGCAAUUUAGCAGGGAUGUGGGAGGGGGGAUGAAAAGGGAAAUUGCCAGGUUCCUGUGACUUUGAAAGGACUGAGGAAGCAGAGAGCAUUUGGGGACUUCACUAAAACUGACUGCAUCUUGCAAUUUUCUUUUUCAAAUUGGCAGAAAUACUGUAUUUCCAUCGAUUGAAGAAAAAAAAAGUGUCUGGUAA